GCUGACUUAUUCUCAGGAAAGGCUUCGCAAUGCUUGUUCCAUCAGUUCCUCUAUUAGCACUUCUUGUUCCAUUGAUUGCAAGUGCCGGAAAAGUAGAACAUCGAGGAAUAACUCCAAACCCCUCAGUUACUGUACAGAAUGGCACCUACUAUGGACUUCACAACCCAGACUAUGAUCAAGACUUUUUUCUUGGCAUGCCUUAUGCACAGCAACCUGUUGGCGAACUUCGCUUGCAGACCCCACGGCCAAUGAAUACCUCCUGGCCGGUACCAAGAAAUGCAACGGAAUACUCACCCGCUUGUGUCGGGUUUAAUCAGACCAAGGGUGCUUCCGAAGCCUGCCUUACACUGAAUGUCGUUCGCCCAGCUAGCAUAGCUCUUCCUAGCAGUCUGCCCGUUGCUGUUUGGAUUCAUGGCGGCGGAUACACUUCCGGCUCUUCAUCAGAGAAACAGUACAAUCUGUCCUUCAUUGUUGACCAGUCAGUCCAAAUAGGGAAACCGAUGAUCGCAGUCAGUCUGAAUUAUCGUCUCCAUUGCUGGGGUUUUAUGUGGAGCAAGGAGAUGAAGGAAGCUGGCGUAGGGAACCUGGGACUUAGAGACCAACGCUUAGCUCUGCAUUGGAUACAAGAGAACAUUGCUGCUUUUGGUGGCGACCCUGCUCAGGUUACGAUCUGGGGUGAAAGUGCCGGCGCUAAUAGCGUUGGCACGCAUCUGGUUGCUUAUGGAGGGCGCGAUGAUGGUAUAUUCCGUGCAGCAAUCAGUGAAAGUGGUGCCCCGAGUGUUUAUCAACGUUAUCCGACACCUACCGAUUGGCAGCCCUAUUAUGAUGGCAUUGUGAAUGCAUCGGGCUGCAGUUCAGCAACGGAUACUUUGGCUUGUCUCCGAACGAUUCCAACUGAUACAUUGCACAGUAUUUUCGAUAACACGUCUAUUGUACCCGAGCACUCUAUAUCAGGCCUCAGCGGAGCGAAAUUCAUUCCUGUCAUAGAUGACGACUUCAUUGAAGGAAGUGGCACAAUUCAGCUUCAGGAGGGCAAAUUUGUCAAAGUUCCAUACCUGAUUGGAGCUAACGCUGACGAAGGGACAGCAUUUGCUGUAACGGGAGUCAACACGGAUGCCGAGUUUCGAGAGCUAGUCAAAGACUGGGGCCUCGACAACGUUACCACUGAUAUUUUGGAGGCCCUGUACCCAAACAUCCCUCAGAUUGGGAUCCCCGCCAUAAUGGUUGAAAAGCCACCGUCCGGAUAUGGCAGGCAAUACAAGCGUGUGGCCGCAUUUCAGGGUGAUGUAAACAUCCAUGGCCCGCGUAGGUUUGCUAGCCAGGCAUGGUCAUCCCGCAAUGUCUCGGUGUAUAGCUACAGGUUUGACGCUGUCAGUCCUGGGAAUGGCCCUGCCGCUGGAUCCUAUGCCGGGGCCACUCAUGGUUCAGAAAUGCCCUACGUCUUUCAUAACGGUGAUGGCGUGUGGUAUGACUUCAACAAGACGACCAUGGAGAGCAUACCGAAUAGUUAUUCACACCUGAGCACAGUUAUGUCAAGAAUGUGGGUCAGUUUUGUGACAACAUUGGACCCAAAUUACUCUGGAGAGAAUGUCCACUGGCCGAGAUACAAUAUCGAUAAUCCGGAAAUAAUUUUCUUUGACAAUACUGUCUCGAAUCUCUCAUAUGUCACGUCGGACGUUUACCGCGCAGAGGGCAUCAAGUACAUCGGUGAUCACCUUGCAAGUAGUUUCGGGGAAUAAUGAAGAUCAAGUAUCUUCCAAGUCUAAUCUUAGAGUGCAUUUACCUAUAUAAGCAGCAUGUGUGAGAAGCAAAGUACAUACGACCACAGGGUGUGGAAAACAGGGCUUCCCGUCCGCUCAGCCGUACUUAAGCCACACGCCGGGAGGUUAGUAGUUGGGUGGGUGACCACCAGCGAAUCCCUUCUGUUGUAUGUUUUUAUAUAUUUUCUAUUAUGUCUUUUCUUUGGCAGAAACAGAAUGAGCCAAGCAUCAAUCUGACAGAGCGCAAUAUAACAGCGAUUUGCACCACACGCAGAGGAAAACAUCCACAAGAUAUGCGCAUGGAUAGACGACCAUCAGGGAUAGUAGGUGCCAAUCACAAGAGGAUACCCAAUUCCACUGGGCCACUUCGUAAGAAUAGCGUCUUUCGCCUCUGCCACCUGGGGAAGGUUCAUCAGGAUCCCAGAUCUCUGGAAGAGGUCGAUUUG